AUGCAGCAACUCCUAGAGAUGGGGAUCCCGGAAGGAAGAGCGAGAGCCGCGUUGAUUAGAGCAAAGGACGACGUGAUGGCGGCUGCUGAACGCGUCUUCGCUGGAGAGUUUGAUGAUAUCCCGUCAGAUGAUGAAGGGGAUGCCGGACCCUCUGCACCAGCACCAAAGAGCGUCGUCAUCAACAGCGCCCACUCAGACCAGGACAUGGACGAGGAGGAUUCAGGAAGCGAGGCGAUUCCGAGUGAAGAUGAGGACGUCGACGGAGUGGAGAUUUACGAUGGCUUUGCGGAUAGCGACGCUGAUAUCAUAGAUGAAGGAGGCGAGAAGCUCCGAUCGGACCCGUACGCCGGCGUAUUCUUCUCCAAAGACCGGUCCGAGAAGAUUAUCGAAAGCAAGGCCAAGCCUGUUUUUGUGAAUGUGCCUAAACCGCUUGGCGUAGCCGCGGAGGGGGCGGUGACUAGACGGGCGGAGAAGGUGUCGGUCAGGAUUCUGGGGAGUGGGGAGUGGAUGUCUGGGUGUCCCGAGGCAGGGGAACAAAGCCAUCUUUUCCAGCUGUACGAUAAGCUCGCACAUGACGCCGUCCCCUGCGCGCAUCAAUGCGGAUACGAGUUCCACCGCAAGCCUCAGGACUUCUUUGCUGUCUUUCCCGACUUCCCGAUGUACCUCGCGCACGUCGCUUCGAUCGUCAGCGCCAUCUGCCCGUCCUGCGCCCAAAUCACCUGUUUGGCGUGUGGCGGACGCUCGAACCACGAGGGGGAGAAGGGGAAAGGAAAGGGCAAAGGGAAAGCCAGGGGCGAUGGCGAAGGAGCAGGGAUCGAGGUGGAGUCUCUGCUUCAUUGCUCGGAUCUUCAAGGCGCAAUCCUCGGUGUCGGCCUCCACAUGAUCGAAGAGUCCUUCUCCGAGAAGAAAUCCCAGUCUUCCAACUCGACUACCGAGACCCCUCCGGCUAAACGCCGUCGAAAGUCCGGUAAAGGUGGGAGGAGGUUGGCGGCUGGGACGGGGUACUCGGGGGCUGCGUCUGAAGAUCGCACCGGCCAAAUCAAAGCCCAAAAAGCCCAAAUCGAAACUGACAAGCAAACAUCCCUCCUCCUCUCCCAAGUCCAAGUCUACCUCCCGCACCCGAAUCGCGCGUCGGGCCUCAAGAGCUCGGACCACCUGGUGCAUCCGACGGCGCUGGCGCAUCUGCGGAGACGGAGUGGGUUUGUGGGGGACCUGUUGAGAAAUGAUAGUUUGUUGGAUAUGAGUAAUCGGGGGGAGUUGUAUCGGUCUUUGUUUGACUGGUUGGAGGUCGUAUCCAGCCACGAAGCCCUCGCGUCCAUGCUCGCCAUGCCCCAAAUGCGGCCCGUCGCUUCCGAACCCACCCCGCACCCCGAGACUGUGACUACGACCUACGAGGGCUCUCCGUCCCCGCGCGAACUGCUCGAGUAUAUUGUCAUCCAGGCUAGAGCGGCACUCAAGGGGUUGUCGGCUACAAGCGGGGUGGAGGCCGAGGCCACCAAAGAAGUAGGGGAGGAUGAGCUGAGGAUGAGUGUGAGCGAGAGGAAGAAGCAGCAGGAGGAGAAGAGACGGGAAAUGAUGGGUGAUGAGAAUGAGAUGUUGUUGGUCUUCUGUAAUCGAAUCAUUGCAUCCGCAGCGACAAUCGACCGAAGUAUUGUCGAGACCAAAGGGAAAGACUUUGUGACGCGGAUGCAGGCGAGUUUGCCGAAGUUGCCAGGAAAGGAGGAUGAGGCGGGGGAUAGGGUGGUGGCGGAGUCAGGGGCGACGGGGGAGGCUAUCAUCAAGAUUUACGAAGAAUGGGCCAUGAAGACCCGAUUCCAAUACGCCGACCUGACCAACCCCGCCUCGACCUCGACUGACGGCGUGACGUAUCGGCAUGCGUAUAAUGCCCAGAUUGUCGCUCUCGAGUCUCAGAGCGCCCCAAAGCGAUCUUUGGCCAUUGCCAAAGAGCUCGCUAUUCUCACUACGAGUCUUCCUGUCGCUUGGCACUCUACCAUCUUUCUCCGGGUGGACGAGUCCCGCGUCGACUGCAUCAAGGCGAUGAUUGUCGGACCUGAAGGUACACCCUACGAGAAUGGGUGUUUUAUAUUCGACAUCUUCCUGCCUUUGCAGUACAACCAGUCGUGUCCUGUGGUGAAGAGCAUGACGACGUAUGGUGGGCGGUAUCGAUACAAUCCGAAUUUGUAUGCGGAUGGGAAAGUCUGCCUGUCCCUCCUCGGAACCUGGCAGGGCCCCGGAUGGAUAGCCGGCCAAUCAACCCUCCUCCAAGUCCUCAUCUCGAUCCAGAGUUUGAUCAUGUGUGAAGAACCCUACUGCAAUGAACCGGCCUGGGCGAACGAUGCGGGCACGCCCCAGGCGAAAGCGUACGAUGCGAAUGUGAGACGGAUGGUGCUUGUGGAUGCUAUGGCCGGGAAUAUCAAGAACCCUCCUUACCCAUUCGAGAAUGAAAUCCGGACCCACUUUCGCCUCAAAGCCCCAUCGAUCCGCCUCCAACUCGAGAAAUGGGCGAAAAUGGACGAUGGGCGCAAGACCAAGGGAGACCCGGGAGAACCGGCGGAGGCAAUUGCGAUUGCGGAGGCUGUCAAGAUGACGCCGUUCAAUCACGCGGCGGAGGCGUUGAAGGUGUUGUUGGGGAAGUUGGAGAAGGGGGAGGAGAUUUGA